ACGCCUCUUCAUCCUCUGAUUUCUUCAGGGACGCCGCCGCCGGUGUAGUGUACCGGUGCUCUCCAUAGCCGAGCCUAGCACGGGUGCCGGUAUUCGGCGGACAAUGGCGCUCCUUGGCCUCCCUGUGUUGGCUCGGCACUGCCAGAUUCUGAGGGACGUAACUAAGGUCGUUCCCCGGGUUUUCGGUUCACCUCUCCAUGUGACAUGCCGUAAUACCCAUGGCGGAGUUGUUACACUAUCUUAUGACCUGUAUGAAGGGAGAACGCCUGCACCGCCUCUGGUUUUACUUCAUGGAUUAUUUGGUAGUAAGUCAAACUUUCAGUCUAUCGCCAAAGUCUUGGUGCGCAAGACUGGCAGAAAAGUUUUGGCAUUGGAUGCCCGUAAUCAUGGUACUAGUCCUCACAGUGACAUCAUCACAUACCAUGCAAUGAGUGCUGAUGUGCGGCAGCUCCUGCAGCAACUUGACAUACCUAGCUGUGUCUUAAUAGGUCAUAGCAUGGGAGGCAAGACUGCCAUGACCUUGGCACUGCAAGAACCACAACUGGUGGAGCGCUUGGUAUCCGUUGACAUAAGUCCUUCUCCCACAACCCCCCAGUCUGGUUUCCCACAGUUCAUUAAAGCUAUGCAGAAUAUACAUUUGGAAGGGAAGAUGCCAAGGUCAACAGCCCGGAAACUGGCAGACCAGCAGCUUGGUGCAUUUGUACUGGAAUCAUCAGUCCGUCAGUUUCUCCUAACAAACUUUGUACAAGAGGAUGAGAGCUUCAAGUGGAGAGUGAAUCUGGAGGCUAUUGCAAACCAUUUGCAAGAUCUGUUAGACUUCCCAGAGUUCCACGACCCUUAUCCUGGGCCCACUAUGUUCCUGGGAGGGGCUAACUCUACUUAUAUAAGCUCUGAAAAUUAUCCAGACAUAGAAAGACUCUUUCCUUGUGCAAAUAUUGAGUACAUUAAAGGAGCUGGACACUGGGUGCAUGCAGAGCGGACACAGGACUUCAUCAAUGCCAUCUGCACGUUUGUAGAAGAAGUGUCACCAAGCCAAACGUGACCUUUACACGCCACUCUAUAGACUGUGACUCAUUAUGCUUAGUACAACCCAAGUGGGACAUUUGUGCAGUUGUUCAAUAUUGUAUGCAUCCUUUUCAAGGUGUGCACUUGACGUUGACACUUUGCAAUUGAAAGCAACUAAAUAGACCUUUUUUUUAUUUUUUAUUAUUUAAUAGUCGACAAAAUGUGCAUGCAUACACUGUGAGUGAUGUCUGUAAGGUUCAGUGGCACGUAAGCUGCAGGUAGGAGAGCUGGUUUGAGCGGGCUGACAACCUGCACUCAAGAUCCUGGGAACACUCCUUAACGACCUGCCACACCUCCCCCUACCGGUCCUCUGACACACAGUUUUAAUCACUUCCUUUCUUUUCUCUCUCUCUUCCCUUCCCUACACCCUACACACUACCCUAGCUAUUUAACCCUAUAACUCUA